AUAUUCAGUUGGUGUUUGGCGCAGUCCCGAAACCAUUCAGGCGCUAUAAUCUCACACUCCCCGAUUGCUUCUCACUCCAGCACCCCUGCAUUAGAGGUUGUUUUAGUGUUGUGCUCGGCACUUAGAGCUACUUCUAGCAUAUCACCGUGUUCCAUGCCUCAUUAA